UCCCCGAGUUCCCUCUCACAGGCGGCGACUGAGAGGGCCGCUGCUGCUGCUGCUCACGGUCCCUCCACUAGGAGGGGAGGACCGGAGCUUCUGGGCGACUCGCUCCGCCCGCCUCUUCUUUCCCCGCGUCCCGAAAGAGUUUGUUUUGGGAGGAGGCCGCCUCGUGACUCCCGCCCGGGACUGCGAGAGAAAUGGAGGGCUACUGGCUCUUCCUGGCGCUGCUGGUGUCGGCACUGCUGCUCGGCUUCCUCUCCGUCAUCUUCGUCCUGGUCUGGGUCCUCCACUACCGGGAAGGGCUGGCGUGGGAUGGAAGGGCGGCCGAGUUCAACUGGCACCCGGUCCUCAUGAUCACGGGCUUCGUGUUCGUGCAGGGCAUCGCCAUUGUUGUGUACCGGUUACCAUGGACCAGGAAAUGCAGCAAAUUUCUGAUGAAAUUAAUCCACGCUGGGUUAAAUACCAUUGCUCUGACACUUGCAAUUAUUUCACUGGUGGCUGUUUUUGAUUUCCAUAACACCGCGAAGAUCCCUAACAUGUACAGUCUGCACAGCUGGAUUGGGUUGAUUGCCGUCAUUCUGUAUUCUCUACAGCUUGUUCUAGGUUUUGUAGUCUUCCUGCUUCCUUUUGCUCCCAUUUAUCUUCGGGCAAAGAUUAUGCCGAUCCAUGUUUACUCUGGCCUUUUCCUCUUUGGAACCGUGAUUGCAACGGUACUAAUGGGAAUUACAGAAAAACUUAUUUUUGCCUUGAAAGCACCUGCCUACAAAGAUUCUCCAGAAGAAGCUGUCUUUGUCAACACUCUUGGCGUUCUCGUUGUGGUCUUCGGUGGUAUUGUUUUAUGGAUAGUAACUAGACCCCGCUGGAAGCGUCCGCUUGAAAUCCAACAAAAAAGUGGAGGAAAGCGUGAGGGUAAUGAAGAGGGGGCAACUAUGAAGGACUGCAAGGAUACAGAGAAAUCUAAUUUAGAGUUCAGUAGAGAGGCCAGAAAACAAAAUCUCAAUCUUGAUGACGCUGGACAGAGAUCGACUAUGUAAAGACAGUGGGUUGGAUCCAACCAGCUUUUCCAUUGGUGAAAAAAGGAGGAGAGGGAUCCCCUUUGACCACUAAAAAGGCUAUGCUGGGGCUCUGGGACCUACGUGGACAAAAGCCAUGCAGGGUGGGGGUUGUAGUAAGACCGGGCAUUAAGCAAGAUUGGCUGGAAAAGCUGGCUGGAUGCAGCCCACGGAACAGUAUAACAGUGCAGCUCGCAGUACCAAAGAUCGCUCUCGCCAUUCCAUAUAACUUUUAGAGUAAUUGAUAGGCAUUAGUAAGCACUGUGAUUCUGGAAGGACAUGUGUAUGUUAUAACUUUUCAUAUUGUAUCUUUUUUAAUUCCAGUAAAUGUGGGAUGGAAAAGGGACAUGUCAGAGUUCCAUUGAAAUAAACCCUGUUGUCUUAAACCACAUAUUAGCAGGCAUCUUUAAGGAAUGGCUGUACCUAUGUGACACUAGUCUUUCUGGGUCCCUCUCUUGUGAGAGAAUUUGUUUAAAAAUCACUAUGAUGAUUGAUUUGAAGGAGUUUUGUAACUGCCAGAUAGAUCUCUAAGAAAUACAGGGGUGAAAGAAGAAGAAGAAUUGGUUUUAUA